ACCAACAGCCCCAACCUCUAUCGGUAAUUACCAUAAUAUGCGGAAUGCACGGGGAGUUUGUUACCGGGGUGAUUAACCGGGUCAAGAGUCAGUAUAAGUGCUUGUGAAUAUUAUGGUUGGUUAAUCGUGUGUUUUCAAAAACGAAAGGACAUAACAGCUAUUUAUAUUGCGCAAAAUAAUACAACAUGGUAUUUGAAAGCCACGUUGUUAGUAUUUUGAACAAUGUUCUUGGUCAAUAUGUCGAAAAUUUGGACUCAUCUCAGUUUGUAAUGAGUAUUUGGGGAGGCGAUGUAAGGCUCGAAAAUCUUAUUUUUAAGGAAAAUGCUUUGGAUGUACUUAACUUGCCAUUGAAGAUUGUUCGGGGACAUUUGGGCAAGCUUGUUUUGAAAAUCCCGUGGAAGAACUUAUAUUCUGAGCCUGUUAUUGCAAGAGUUGAUGAAGUCUACAUUCUUGCAAGACCCAACUCUUAUAUGAAAUACGAUGCUGAAAAGGAAGAAAAGCUUGUUGAGGAAAGAAAGCAAAAUGAGCUCACUGCUAUAGAAGAUGCUAUAAGAUACGCUGAGGAGGCCAAAAAAAAAACUAAAGAUGACCAUGAAAAAAACUUAAAUUUUACUGAAAAACUAGCCUUGCAUAUUGUGAAAAAUAUUCAGGUUUGCAUUCCAUUGUUUGUUUGCAUUUUAUUAAUUAUUAUCAAUUAUUAUUAUUAUAUCUUUUAUCUUAGAGAAAAAUUAUUUAUUCCAAGAAGGGUUUCUUCUUCAAUAAUACAUAUAUCAUUUCUUAAACAUGAAAAUUUAAUGUAGGUUUUAUAAUGAACUUAACAUCAUAUUAAUGCCUUGGGAAAUCUCUUUGACUAAAUCCAUUAUGGUGUUCAAAUCAUUCUCUUUGAUACGAUGACGGCAUCUUUGGGCAAACUUGUCAGGAUGCCAUCUUACUCUUUGUCUUUUCAGGUAUGUAAUUUUCUCAUCUCCAGCCCAUUCACACAACUUAUCUACAAUGUCAGCAGCACUACCUAUACAUGGCCAAGGGAUAGUGUCAAAUGAAAGAGGCUUCAUUCCUCCAUUUUCAAACACAUUAUGACACAUGUCUUCAUAUCUUUCUCUUUCUCGUUCCAUUUUCUUUAACCUUGUUCUUCUAAUAUAGUUAUCAUGACCUUCAGCAAGUUGUUUUGUCAAUUCUUCCUUCCAUUCAGAGUCAACCUCUUUUUCCUUGUGUUGAUGUGAAAUAUUCAAACCUGCAGUCCUUUUAUGUUUUGAGAAGUACUCUUGUCUAAUUCGUUCAGCCCAAUCAUUGUAAGUCUCACUUACAUCUUCUUGAGGAAUUUCAUCCUGUUUGAAAUAGUAAUCUUCACAAGAUUCCUCAUAAGCUAAUUUUUUCCGCCAUUCUUCCUCCUCUUCAUUCAACUUUUGUUUAACUUCGUCUUCUUCUACGUAAGUACUUGUCAUGAUAGAAUUCCAUUUUGUGUACAAAUCAUUGGGUGUUUCACCAAAGAUGUUAGCCAAGUUCAUAACACGUCGAGAUUUUCUUUUUAAGUAAUAAAUUAGAUCGUAAAGCAUUGUGUUUUUAUAGGAUUCUAGUGCAUACUUCAAAGCUAUAUGUAAAGCAGUGUUGCCAUCAUCAUCAGUAAGGCAAGGAUCGACUCCAUUACGAACUUUGAUAUAGAACCCUUCUUCACGAAUUUAACAACCUUAGAGUUUUGCAUCAUCACUGGCCUUCUUUACCAUUAUAAUGAAUAACAAGAAACCAGUUGGUUGAAAAGAUUGUCAUGAAAAGUAGAUACAUUGAAAGGCGGCAUUUCGCGAAGUUUAGGUGACGAAUCAACAAUCUCAUUUUGCGGAAUCAACAAUCUCAAUCAUCCAAUUUAAUUCUUUCUCGAGGUUUGUUUACAACUUGUUCAAAUGGUUCAAAUACAUUAAAGUGUUUUUUAUUUACAAUUUUCUAUCGAACUGUUGCAAUAUAUCUGAUACAGGAAAAAUAUGCUGAGUUGAUGAAAAGUCUGUGUAAUCUUGCUGCUGAAUGCAGAAAAUUAGUUGUGGAUGCAGAAAUUCACAUAAAUAACAUUAAAGAACAAGCCCAAGAUGACAGCGGAGCUAUUGAAAAUUUAAAGCAAGCAUUCAUCAACAGUUGCAAUGUUUCUUGGCAAUUGAAUGAGAUUAAGAGUUCUGUAAUGGAGUCAUUGCAAGGAUCAGAAACAUUGUGUCAAAGAUACCAUGAGAUCUAUAAAAACUUGAAUGAAUAUUGUGGUCAAGCAAAAGCUGAAUGUAUAAGGCAUGAAAGCAUAGCUGGUAUAGCAGGAAAGUUAACACUAUAUUGUAUUAUGCCCUGUAUUGGGGAAGCUUUAGCAGCUCUUUUAGGAAUAUUCCAAGUGCAAGGCUUUGAAGUGCAAGGAGUAACAGAAUUUUGCAAGCCGAAAUUGUUUACUUUAUUUGAGGAACAAUCUUGAGAUUCCAGCAAGAACAAUGUAGCAGCUACAUGAUUGCAGUGUCCAUCAAUUCCAGCAGGGCAAUCACAGAAAGCUUUUAGCACAAGAGAUCUUUCAUUCAUUGUUAGUUUGACUGUGUAACUAUCUUUUUUUAUGGAAGGUAGCACUUGGCUUUUUAUAAAAUAUAAACUAUUUCUUGUUUGUGAUAGAA